UAUUGCAGUCGGGCGAAAGAGGUAUUGCGAAUAGAGUGGUUAACGUACGCGAGUAGAGACGAUGGCGGCGACCCCCGUCACCACGGCAGGGCCGACGCAAGAGGAGGCGGCGAGGCAGGGAGAGGAGGCUCUCGAGCGCCUGAGGUCGGCCGACGCUCCGCUUUACCUCUCUCCAUCGCCGGAGCUCGCCAAGGACGCCCGCACCGCCUCCCGCUACCUUUUCUCCUCCCUCGUUCCUUUUUGCUCUAAGCCUCCCCUAGAUAGCCUCCUCGCGGACGACGGCUUCGACGUGGAACAGAUUUGGUGCCAGAUCGACCUCCUUUCCCGCCCCCUUCUGUCCGUCCUUCGCCGCGAGCUGAACCGCCUCGAGCGGGACCCCCCUGCGCGCGUGCCAGGAAGCGCUCUCGACGUUGGCGUAGCUGGAGAAGCGGCGGAGGCUGAGAAGGAAAGGGCCAUGGAGGACGGCGAAGGUGAUGAAGAGGAUGGAGAUGAAAGUGACGGAGAUGAGGAAGAAGAGGAAGACGAAGAAGAAGCGGAGGAGGAUGAGGAUGAGGGAGACGAAGAGGAAAAGGAAGACGAAGAGGGUGAAGCAAAAGGGAACCAGAUUGAAGAUAAGUUUUUGAAGAUCGACGAGUUCGAGGAGUUUUUGAAGAAGGAAGAAGAGGAGUAUGACCUUCGGGAGAGGAAAUGGAACAAACACAAGCAGAAGGUCUCGGACGAGGAGGAUGAAGAUGACGAUGAGGAGGAGGAUGCAGAUGAUGACGAGGAGGAAGAUGAUUUGGAUUUGGGAGAUUUUGAUGGUGAUGGCGAUGAAGAAACAGGAAUAGCUGAAAAUGCAAGAUAUGAAGAUUUUUUUGGAGGCAUCAAGAAAAAAGGACUAAACAAGAAUGGUAUUGUUGGAAAGAGAAAACGUUCUUCAAAUGCAAUUGACUUUGUUGAUGGGUUGGAGAGCACAGAUAUGGACAUUGAGGAGAAUGAUGACAAGGGGCAAAAAAUUCUUUCAACUCAUGAGAAAGAACUUAAGAAGCUGCAUUCAAAAAUAGAACAAAUGGAGAAAGCAAACUUGGAACCUAAAUCCUGGACCAUGCAGGGAGAGGUUACUGCUGCCAAAAGGCCUAAGAACAGUGCUCUGGAAGUGGACCUUGAUUUUGAGCAUAAUGUAAGGCCUGCUCCAGUAAUCACGGAGGAAGUCACAGCUUCCCUUGAAGAUAUAAUUAGAAAAAGGAUUAUCGAGGGGCAUUUUGAUGAUGUUCAAAGAGCACCUACUUUGCCAUCUAAAGCACCAAAGGAGCGCAAAGAGCUGGACGAAAACAAGAGUAAGAAGAGCCUUGCUGAAAUAUAUGAGGAAGAGUAUGCACAGAAGUCGGGUCUGGCUCCUGCUCUUCUGACUGUUUCAGAUACACUUAAAAAUGAGGCAAGUCUACUAUUUAAGAAGCUUUGUUCAAAGUUGGAUGCAUUGUCUCACUUCCAUUUUGCUCCUAAACCGGUUAUUGAAGACAUGUCUAUACAAGUAAAUGUACCUGCUUUAGCGAUGGAAGAGAUUGCACCUGUGGCUGUCUCGGAUGCAGCCAUGCUUGCUCCUGAGGAAAUAUUUCAAGGGAAAGGUGAUAUCAAAGAAGAGGCUGAGUUAACAAAAGCAGAGAGGAAAAGGAGGAGGGCUAACAAGAAAAGAAAAUUCAAAGCUGAAAUGGCAAAAAGGACACCUAAAAAAGCUGGACAAAAUGUGACCCCUGGUUCCACCAAUGAGAAGCCACCAGGUUCAUGAAGCAAAACUGUGGAAUAGAAAUGUUGCUGAUUUAAGCAAUACUAUUUCCAGUACUUUUGGUCUCUAUGGAGUCCGGACCUCCGAGCUACAACAGAAAUGGUGCCUAUCAAAAAGACUCAAGGAUUGAACAGUUCUUCGCAUUCAAAAUUCUGAUCCACAUGAAUGGGAUGACACUGUGUAGUCUGCAUCUAGAAUAUCAGUAGCGGAAGGCAUUAUUCUUUAGCAUGUCGAAUCCCUUUUCUUGAAUGGAAAACGAAAGAAUUAAAUCCAUUCAGAUAUGCUGAGAUGAUGUCCAUUCUUUUCAAUUUUUGUUAUAUGAACAUAAUGAUGUUAUUAUCAAUUUCUGUAUGCACUCGAAAGUGGGUCUGUAUACCUCCAUGUCUGCCGACAUACAGUGCAACUCAAUUCUCUACAACGUAUGAUCGAGUGUUGCAGAA